AUGCCAGUUACGCGUCAACAAGCUAAAAGCCACAAGGCCCCUACAGAACAAAUUCCUUCGACGUCAGAGGUAACCGCCGCUUUGGCUACCGAAACUAGGACGGAAACCGACACGGCCUAUACAGCCACGGGAACUGUCACAACGGAAGCAACAGAACAGACAACGAUUUACAGUACUUCCGCGACGUCAGCACCCUUUGCUGUGUCACCCUCCGCGACAGUUAAAUCGAAGAUUUCGGCCGCCACUCACUCGAUUACGCCCUUCUUCGCACCGACUCUGCCCGUCGACGCGAAACAGAUGAACCCUCGGGCUACAGGGGGGGUUCAUACAGUCCAGCGUACUCGAGAUACAGAGACCUCUACAGUAAAGAAGGGAACAGUCGACAAACUACAUGUACCUCGGGCCCCCAGUAAGAAGGGGGGAGAGGGACGAUCAAACUACAGCAAGACGAAGGCUCACAAAAUAGCAAAAGCAAAGGAAGAACUGCUGCGCCUUCAGGUGGAACUAGCUGCUGCGCGCCUCGCCGCCUUGGAGACAGAAGAAACAGAUACAGAAAUAGAGGAUUUAGAAGACGAUGGUGUCUCCGUCCACUCCAAUACAGAAGGAAACAAACGAGUGGACAACUGGCUAGACAGUCAACCAGCACGUCCCGUGCUAGCGAUCACUGAUGCACCUCACUACCAUACAGAAGAAUCAGUGGUCAAAGACGCGGAACAACAGAAGCUUCCAGAGGAACACCAAAAGUCUACACAUCAAUCACCGGCGGGAGUGCAACCCGGUAUAGCAGAGCUAGCUGAAGCCAUCACAAACGCCGUGAAAGCGGCGCAGCGCCCCAAGUACAUCGAACUGCCUUUCUUUGGUGGAUCACAUCAAGAGUGGCUACCGUUCCGCGCCGCUUACUAUGAAACUGAAAACAUGUUCAGUACAGUGGAAAAUAUAAAUCGUCUGCGACGAAACUUAAAGGGAAAGGCUAAAGAAGCAGUUGAAGGGCUUCUUAUCACCAGCACGCACCCUACGGAAAUUAUGAAGACCCUAGAAUUGAGAUUCGGAAGACCGGAGUCGAUCGCUAUGACAGAGAUGGAGACGCUCCGUGGACUGCCGCGUCUCACCGAGUCACCACGGGACAUUUGCAUAUUCGCGACGAAGGUCUCUAACGUAGUGGCAACAUUGAAGACACUAAGCUGCGUGAACUAUAUGUAUAACCCUGAAGUUUCGAAGACACUCGUGGACAAACUAACACCUACGCUGCGUUACAGAUUCUAUGAUUUCGCAGCAACACAGCCCAAGGAAGACCCAGAUUUGUUGAAGCUGGAAAAAUUCCUCAAGAGGGAAGCGGAGCUGUGCGGACCCUAUGCGCUACCUGAACAGGUGGCCUCACAGACAUCAGCCACUCAACAGAAGAAACCACAGAAGGUACACAACGUCGCAGAGAGGAUGUACACAGCCAAGUGUCCCGUAUGCGGAAAAGAGGGACACAAUUCAACAGAAUGUGAACAGUUCAAGAAUUUGGAUGAAAAUGGAAGAUGGGAUACAGCCAAGUCCAAACGCCUAUGCUUCCGAUGUCUUCGAUACAGAAAUAAAAUGCACAGAUGUCGAGCUAAAGUGUGUGGCAUCAACAGCUGCAGGAAUUACCACCACAAGAUGCUGCACUACAACAAAACAGAAAAGAAAGAAGACAAGGAAGCUACAGAAGUAAUCAAUUCUGCAUGGACGAUUAAAAAGAAGCAAUCAUUUUUGAAAAUUAUCCCAGUGCAAGUUGAAGGACCCAAGGGUACCAUCAACACCUUCGCCUUGUUGGACGACGGUUCAACAGUGACAUUAAUCGACAAGAGCGUGGCCGAAUGCAUCGGAGCGCCAGGACCCGUCGAUCCACUGAAGAUAGAAACCCUAAAUGAUAUGAAGACAUCGGAGUCAGCUUCGAGAAGGGUAACCAUUAAAUUGAGAGGUCUCAACGAUUGUGAAGAGCAAAUACAAGCGCGCACAGUAAAGAACCUACAAGUCUCGUCACAGCAGGUUUCAAGAGAAAUGGUGGAUAAAUGCAAACACCUAGCAGAUAUCCGCGAUUAUCUCAUAUAUGCAGAUGUGAAACCAAGAUUGCUAAUUGGUCAAGACAAUUGGCAUUUUCUGCUGACAACAGAAGUGAGAAGAGGAGACAAGAACCAACUGGUGGCCUCUCUCACGCCCCUAGGGUGGGUACUACAUGGCAGUCAGACUCGCACCUUAGGACGCCGUAUUGACUUCGUGUCACACGUCGCAGAAGAAAUAGAAGAUGACCUGGAUAGCCUCGUCAAGCAAUACUUUGAGAUGGACGCACUCUGCAUACAGCCAAAGAAACCAAAAACAGACCCCGAAGAACGCGCGCUACAGAUCCUAGAGAAGACAACCAAAAGGACAGCAGAAGGAAGAUACGAAACUGGUCUUCUCUGGCGCAAAGAAGACGUUACGCUUCCCGAGAAUUAUGAAAAUUCAUUGAAGCGGCUCUUUAACAUCGAAAAGAAGAUCGAUCGAGACCCCAAGCUGAAACAGAAAUACACAGAUCAGAUGGAAGCUCUUAUCUCGAAAGGAUAUGCUGAACCGGCUCCAAAACAGAAGACAGCAGGCAAGAGUUGGUACUUGCCACAUUUCGCAGUGAUCAACCCAAUGAAGCCUGAGAAGCUAAGAGUUGUACACGACGCAACAGCGAAGACGAAGGGAGUAGCUCUCAACGAUAUGCUACUCAAAGGACCUGAUCUUCUACAGUCUCUACCAGGCGUCGUUAUGCGGUUCCGACAGCACAUGAUUGCAGUUACAGCAGAUAUUAAGGAAAUGUUCAUGCAAGUGAAAUUACGAACUGAGGACAGAGAUGCACUUCGCUACCUGUGGCGCGGGAAUCGACGAGAUGACCAACCUCCUGAAGAAUAUAGGAUGACGUCAUUAAUUUUUGGUGCGUCAAGUUCUCCGUCUACAGCGAUUUAUGUAAAGAACUUGAACGCCAAACAGUAUGAAGAAACUCACCCCGAAGCCACAGCUGCCAUUAUAGAGAAGCACUACGUUGAUGAUUAUUUGGACAGUUUUAGAAGUCUUGAAGACGCAGUGCGCAUCGCGAAGAGCGUGCGUGAAGUGCACUCUAAGGCCAGUUUCGAAUUGAAGCAGUGGAAGUCGAACUCUUCAUACCUACUAGAAGCACUCGGUGAAAAGGAACAAACAGAAGACAAGGAACUCUACAAAUCUGAAGAGAAAACAGAACGAGUACUGGGCGUCAUCUGGAAGCUCAACACAGACGAACUCACUUUCAACCUCAACUUAGCUCGUAUCACACCAACGCUCAUUAACGGGAAGACACCUACGAAGAGAGAGGCGCUGAGAAUUGUUAUGUCGCUAUUCGAUCCACUCGGCUUCGCAUCGCCUGUCACCAUAAGGGCAAAACAGCUGCUGCAGGAAGUAUGGCGAAGAGGUACGGCAUGGGAUGACGAGCUCGAUGAAGACCUGGCCGCACAAUGGCAAGACUGGAUGAGUCAUCUAAAGAACCUCAGCAACAUAACGAUCCCGAGACGAUAUCUCCACUAUAGCGACGCCACUUCAAUACAACUACAUGUCUUCACCGACGCCAGCGAAGCAGCUUAUUCAGCGAUUCUAUUCUGGAGAACAGUGGCACCGAAUGGUGAAAUUGGUCUAUCUCUCAUUAUGGCCAAAGCGAAGGUAGCGCCGUUGAAGUUGACAUCCAUUCCGAGAUUGGAGCUCCAGGCUGCCGUCAUGGGAACCAGACUCGCUGAAGCAGUGAUCGCAGAACAUGAAAGAAAACCAGACUGCAGGGUAUUCUGGACUGACAGCAAAACCGUACUCACCUGGAUACGGACUGGGUCGCGCUCAUACAAACCUUACGUGGCGCAUCACCUUACAGCUAUAGAAGAGUCUUCUAAAGUCACCGAGUGGCGCUGGGUUCCAACAAAAUUGAAUGUGGCAGAUGAUGCUACGCGAGACGUUCCCACAUCAUUCAAUAGGAACCACCGCUGGUACAAGGGACUCGAUUUUCUCUAUGAAACAGAAGCUCACUGGCCAACUGAAGUGUCCACCACAGAUCAAGCAGAACGUUUUGGUGAAGAGAAGAUCAAUCAUGUGACCGAUAAAAGGAAACCGAAACUUGUAGAAGCGCUACCCGACACCUCUUGGUUCUCAAAUCGGAACAAGCUUCGACGCGCAACAGCAGAGGAAGUAACAAAGGAAAUGAUCUCCUGGCACUAUAUUCCCACCAAGGCACAGUCCACUUCGCGAGCUGCGCAAAGGUUGACUGACAUAUUCUGGGCACGUUGGGUGAAGGAGUACCUUCCUGAACUUCAACACCGGCGGGAGCCAAACGGACGAGGACCUGCAAUACAAGUCAACGACCUCGUACAAAUAGUUGACCCAAACCUGCCACGCAAUGUAUGGAUACAAGGCAGAGUUAUAGCUACAUACCCGGGACCAGACAACGUCGUGCGUACAGUGGAUAUUCGGACCAAAGGUGGCGUACUACGGAGGCCAGUUAGGAAGCUGGUAUUACUGCCCCUGUCAACAAACGACGACGUGCCCGCACCGACAGAUGAUGCGACGCAGUCGCACGGCGGGAGAAUGUGCGGGACAGCCCGGAACAAUAACAGUGCAUAA